AUGGCUCCCUCUACUCCCACUCCCAACUCUUUCGCCGCCAUGAGGAACUUCGGCGGUAUGGUGUCAUCUGCUCUUUCUUUCGGCGACAGAUCUCGCCAAGUCUCCUCCCUUGGCCUCGGCACUCUCUCUCUGGGGGAGCCGUCUGGCGCUGCCUCGCCUCCUCGUUCCGCUUCUCCUUCCCCUGGUUCUCCCUCCCCCGUGUCUGGUCCUCCCGGCCCUCGCCGCAGGACGCCCGCCUUUCGUCCUGAUCGGGAGCGUAGGAUUGAUAGUGAGGGCGAAAGCGAGUUAGAGGAAUACCCGGAUGAUGAUGUGGAGGUGAUUAGUGUAGAGGACAACGACGUAGAUAGUUCUGAGCCCGUUCAAGUCUCCCCCCCUGCCCAAGUCGGGGGCCAGAAACGACGCCGUUCUCUCUCCUCUUCUUCCUCUUCUUCUUCCUCCUCUUCCGGGAUUCUCCCCCCCGCCGACGCCAUCGCCGCUGCUGCCGUCGACCACCCUGCCGUCGCCGCCGCCGUUGCUGCUCCCCCUCCUUCUCCCAGAGGGGAGCCUUCGCCCAAACGGGUGAAGAGAUCAUUGCGGGAGGAAGAGUAUUUGUGGGAGAAGAUGAAAUCCGAGCCUGGACGUUGGGUCGCGGUUGGUGUUGAUGAAGCGUGUGAUCGUUGUCGACGUGAGAUUAUCACGUAUAAUCGUCCAAACUGGCCCUGCCUCAAGGCAGUCAGGCCACACAACAAAGCCCUCCGUUGUGCCUCAUGCACAUCUGGUCCCUGCUCCUUCUGUCCCGUCUCGUCUGCUCGGGACAUCCCGCCCCGUCCCUCCGACGCUUCUCCUUUCCCCCCUCCCCAGACCCCAGCGUCUGUUCCCCGCUCGCGGGUACCAUCUUCGUCUCUCCGGUCGGUUCGCCGAACUUCGCCGUCCUCCCGCUCGUUGCCUCCCUCGCCGUCGCCUUUCGCUCCUGUGGCCGGCCCAUCACGUCUCCCGGCUGCUCCUCCGUCGGCCUCCCGUCGCCCUUCGGCCCCUCGUCCGUCCUCUCCCGUGGCACCUUCUCCUCCGGCCCACGGCACCCGAAGUCGUCGUCCCUCUGCUCCUCCUGCCACCCCAGCGGCAGCUCCUGUUACUCCUCCCGCUGCCUCCCAGAAGACUCCAAAGUCUUCUUUAAAGAAAUCGAAAGGGAAAGGUAAAGAGAAAGAGGUUGUCUUUGAUGACGAUGAUAUGGAAGGUGAAGAUACUCAGCGUGCUGGUCCCUCCGCUCCCCGAACGUCCUUCAUCCACCCUCGUAUUUCUCUGGACGUUCGUAUUCCCGAGGACGAAAAGGAAUUCACCACUUAUCGUUCUCUCGUCCUUGGCCUCACCACUCAGCUCGAGGCCAGCCCGACACGAUACAUCUCUCUUGCUUGA